AUGGGGGAGACGGGCUGGUCACUCAACUUACUGCUGAGGGAAGAGCUGCAAGGACCACACACGGUAGGGCCUGUGGAGAAAUCCCUGCAGGUGACCAUGGUUGGUGUGCCUGAGCUAGCCAAGGUGGAGACCAUCACAGAUUGGUUGGUUCCCGAGACCAAGAAAAAGCAUAGAAUCAGUGAAUUGUGGUUGGCCACUGAGAUUGACCAAAGGAAACUCAGUCCCACCAGGGUCCAAGAAUGCAAAUAUGAGGAGUUCGACCUUCCAAAACAUGACCAGAUGAUCCUACCACCACACUGGGAACUGAGGAAGAAAAUGUCCAACCAAAGCACUGUGACUGAGUUCCUGCUCCUGGGCUUCUCUGACGUCCGGGAGCUGCAGGUUUUGCACUUUGUGGUGUUUCUAGUGAUGUACCUGGCAGCCGUGGUGGGGAACCUUCUCACCAUGGUAGCCAUCAUCCUUGACCAUCAACUUCACACCCCCAUGUACUUCUUCCUGGCAAACCUGUCCAUCCUGGACCUCGGAUCCAUCUCUGUCAGCGUCCCCAAAUCCAUGGCCAAUUCCCUCCUGGACACCAGGUCGAUUUCCUACUCUGCUUGUGUCGCCCAAGUCUUUCUCUAUGUCGUCUUCACAUCAACUGAUUUUGCCCUUCUCACCGUCAUGGCCUACGAUCGACACGUCGCCAUCUGCCACCCACUGCACUACGAGCGAGUGAUGAACAGGAGAGCUUGUAUCCACAUGGCCGCCAGUUCCUGGCUCGCUGCUAUUGUCUACUCUGCCCUGCACACCGGGAACACCUUGCGGUUACCCUUCUGCCAGUCCAACAUCCUCAACCAGUUCUUCUGUGAAAUCCCCCAGCUCCUCAAGCUGGCCUGCUCCAGCUCCUACCACAUUGAAAUUGGGGUUAUUGGCUUUGGUUUCGUGUUAUGUUUUACCUGCUUUCUCUUCAUCAUUGUGUCGUACGUCCAGAUCUUCAGAGCGGUGCUGAGAAUCCCCUCGCAGCAGAGCCGGCACAAAGCCUUCUCCACCUGCCUCCCCCACCUCACAGUGGUCUCCUUGUUCCUUUGUACUGUGUCCUUUGCCUUCCUGAAGCCCUCCUCCAGCUCUCCAUCAGGCCUGGAUCUCGCGAUGGGUGUUCUCUACGCCGUGGUGCCUCCCAUGCUGAAUCCGGUCGUCUACAGCCUGAGGAACAAGGAGCUCAAAGCUGCCUUGAAGAAACUCUUUGCACCACACACUGAACUGAGAAAAAAAAUGUCCAACGGAAGCACCGUGACCGAGUUCCUGCUCCUGGGCUUCUCUGACGUCCGGGAGCUGCAGGUUUUGCAAUUUGUAGUGUUUCUAGUGAUGUACCUGACAACCCUGGUGGGGAACCUUCUCAUCAUCUCAGCCAUCAUCCUUAACCAUCAUCUUCACACCCCCAUGUACUUCUUCCUGGCAAACCUGUCCAUCCUGGACCUCGGCUCCGUCUCAGUCACCAUCCCCAAAUCCAUGGUCAACUCCCUCCUGGACACCAGGUCCAUUUCCUACCUGGCCUGUGUCGCCCAAGUCUUUCUCUUUGUCGACUUCACAUCAACUGAUUUUGCCCUUCUCACCAUCAUGGCCUACGACCGACACGUCGCCAUCUGCCACCCGCUGCACUACGAGAGAGUGAUGAACAGGAGAUCUUGUGUCCACAUGGCCAUUAGUGCCUGGAUCACUACUGCGAUCUACUCUGCCAUACACACCGGGUACACCUUCCGGUUACCCUUCUGCCACUCCAAUGUAAUUGACCAGUUCUUCUGUGAUAUCCCCCAGCUCCUCAAGCUGGCCUGUUCCAGCUCCUACCGCAGUGAAAUUGGGGUUAUUGGCUUUGGUGUCUUGUUAUAUUUAACCUGCUUUCUCUUCAUCAUUGUGUCUUACGUCCAGAUCUUCAGAGCGGUGCUGAGAAUCCCCUCGGAGCAGGGCCGGCACAAAGCCUUCUCCACCUGCCUCCCCCACCUCACUGUGGUCUCUUUGUUACUUUGCACUGGGUCCUUUGCCUACCUGAAACCCCCCUCCAGCUCUCCGUCAGCCCUGGAUCUGGUGUUGGGUGUUCUCUAUGCCGUAGCCCCUCCCAUGAUGAACCCUGUCAUCUACAGCCUGAGGAACAAGGAGCUCAAGGCUGCCCUGAAGAAACUCUUUAUGGGAAGGUUAUUCUCCAAGAGUUGA